UGAACACACGAACAGACAGCCACCGUCGCACACGUGAGAAGUAAAAUCAACCAAAACAGACCGCUGACACAAGAUGGACAUCACGGAGGUUCCCGUGAGUCAGGACAUCACAGGUAAGAAGAAGAAGAAGAAUAAGAAGCCAAAGAAGAAGAGUGUGAAUCAGGAGGGUAAUGGAGAAGGCAGCGGAGUUUUGAAGACGGAGCAGAAGAUGGAGAAGAGCGAGCCAGCGGGGGCAGCAGCAGGAGCAGCCUUUCCUCCGACCUUCAGUGUGUCCGAAAUCAAGAAUAAACAGCGAAGACACCUCAUGUUCAUGAAACUCAAGCAGGAGAAAAGAAAGCAAAAGAUGCAGCUGAAGAAAAAGAAGAAAAAAGAAAGAGAAGCUUUAGGUGAUAAGGCGCCACCAAAGGAGGUCCCAAAGACGAUAGAAAACCAGAGGGUGUACGACGAGACAACAGUUGACCCAGAAGACGAAGAGGUUGCAUUUGAUGAAGGAACCGAUGAGUUUUCUGCCUACUUCAAUGGGCUGACAAACCCCAAAGUGCUCAUCACGACAUCAGACAGACCAAGAGGGAGGACGGUGAGGUUUUGUGAGCAGCUGGCCACGGUAAUCCCAAACGCCCACGUGUACUACAGAAGGGGUUUGGCCCUGAAGAGGGUCGUUCCUCAGUGCAUCUCCAGGAACUUCACCUACCUCUUGGUCAUCAACGAGGAUCGCAAAGUGCCCAAUGGAAUGGUUCUCUGUCAUCUACCCGACGGGCCGACGGCACACUUCAAGGUCAGCAGCGUUAAACUGCGGAAGGAGAUGAAGAGACGAGGCAAAGAUCCAACUGAACACUCCCCAGAGGUGAUCCUCAACAACUUCACCACACGUCUGGGCCACAGCAUCGGCCGGCUGUUCGCUGCUCUCUUUCCACAAGACCCCCAGUUUGUGGGUCGACAGGUCGCCACCUUCCACAACCAGAGAGACUUCAUCUUUUUCAGGUUCCACAGGUACAUCUUCAAGAAUGAGAAGAAAGUUGGUAUUCAAGAGCUGGGACCGCGCUUCACCCUCAAACUCCGCUCUCUACAGAAAGGCACCUUUGACUCAAAGUAUGGAGAGUACGAGUGGGUCCUGAAGCGUCAUGACAUGGAUUCUUGCAGACGAAAGUUCCAGCUUUGAAUGCAAAAUAACAGCCAGCUUUUGUGGUCAGACGAGGACAACCAUGUCUAUUAUCCAAGAUAUUACUGCUGUUUGUGGCUUUGCACAAAUGGACUUGAAAGUGGAUAUGCAGAUUCUUGAGGACGACCAGUGGCAACAAAACAUGAUUUGGGUUCAGCAUCGAUGACUGGAUUCUGUGGUAUCACAUCCCUGUAGAUUCACCCUCACCUUGGAAAUGACCUCUAUAAAGCUGCUUCUGCAAUGCGUUCUGGUGGCCAAGUGUGGGACAGGAGCCUGUAGCUUAUGGCAGAGUCUUUAACCCUCUGUUUGUUGAGAGAUGUGCAGGCUGAUCAGUGUCAAAUUUGUUUUCACAUUCUGUAUGAAUGUAGCCCGAAAUUAAUUGGAAAGUCCUUGUGAGCCUGCCCUGGUCCGUCUGCUGUGCAUGCAGUUAUACAUACGUUAACACUAGUCUGUGCAAAUAAGAAUAGUGAAUUCUGGACAGUGUGUGGAAAUGGGUAAGUUCUUCAGGUUGUGUUGUUACAGUGCAGCUCCUUUUGUAUGUGACAGGACUUUCAAAAUAAUUAUGGAUGGCACAUCAAUCACCUUUCCCAGAUUUCUAAAUGUGUAAAUAUUUACCUUUUAAUAAAACAUGUAGGCGGACGUUUAAAAUGUGGGAAUACCAUUUAUUUAUUAAAGUCAGGCAUGAAAAAUGUACAAUUCAAAAAGGCACAUGUGUGUUGAUAUGAGUUAGUUACUU